UAAUCAUUUUUUGUUACUUUCUGAGUUUACAGUCUCCAUCAGAGCUCUGCCUCCUUCUCCAAUUAAAUUUUUUUCUUUCUGAUUUUCUGUUUUUUAUCUGCAUAUAUAUAUUGUAUUUAUACAGUUCGAACAUUAUAAAGCAAUAGAGUUUUUGUUUUUCUUGUAACUAUUUUUGGCUGUUUUUUUGGUGAUCUGUGUAUUGAGUGAACCGGAGCUUCGAAGCUCGGGACUCAGGAUCCGAAAAAUGGCAGCCGAGAAUUACAGUAAUGGUGGACCCGACUCGAAUCCUUGUUAUUUGCAGAAAUUCGGAUUAUAUUCGACAUGCUCGAAUUUCUAUAUGAUAGGAAGAGAUAAGAACCAAACUGUUUGGAGGGUACUAAAGAUUCAUCGACUAGAUUCAUCUGAACUAACCAUUCUUGAAGAUCCUACAACAUACUCAGAAUUUGAAUGCUUUGAUCUGUUAAGACGGAUACAUGAUGGAAACAGGUCCACAGGUGGACUUAAUUUUGUUACAGCUUGUUAUGGAAUCGUUGGGUUUGUAAAAUUUUUGGGGCCUUAUUACAUGCUGCUGAUCAAGAAGAGAAGGAAGAUUGGUGCAAUUUGUGGCCAUAACAUCUAUGCCGUUACAAAGAGCGAGAUGAUUCCAAUUUCUAAUUCUCCUGACCAGUCCAAUGUGGCUUAUUCUAAGAAUGAAAAGAGAUAUAAGAAGCUCCUUUGCGCAGUGGAUCUUACGAAAGACUUCUUUUUCAGCUACUCAUACAAUGUCAUGCAUAGUCUUCAAAGAAAUUUACGUAAGAAUGAGACAGGACUAGGUCACUAUGAAACAAUGUUUGUCUGGAAUGAGUUCUUAACUCGCGGAAUCCGGAAUAAUCUCAAUAAUACUCUGUGGACUGUUGCUUUGGUAUAUGGCUUUUUCAAGCAGGUCAAACUUUCAGUGUCUGGCAGGGACUUUAUGUUUACUCUCAUUGCAAGACGUUCCCGACAUUAUGCUGGAACAAGAUAUCUGAAACGUGGUGUGAAUGAGAAAGGUAGAGUAGCAAAUGAUGUUGAGACUGAACAAAUUGUGUUUGAAGAUGUUCCUGAAGGCUGCCCCACACAAAUAAGUUCUGUUGUCCAGAAUAGAGGCUCUAUCCCACUUUUCUGGUCGCAAGAAACUUCACGUUUGAAUUUGAGACCUGACAUUAUAUUAUCAAAGAAGGAUCCAAAUUAUGAUGCCACAAGACUACAUUUUGAAAAUCUUGUAAGGAGAUAUGGAAAUCCAAUAAUCAUAUUGAAUUUGAUAAAGAGGUGUGAGAAGAAACCUCGUGAAACUAUUCUACGUGCUGAGUUUGCAAAUUCCAUCAGAAUUCUCAAUAAGAGUUUAACCGAGGAGGACUGUCUGAGGUUCCUUCACUGGGACCUGAGUCGACACUCCAGAAAAGCUACAAAGUCGGUGGCAGUUCUGGGCAGAGUGGCUGAUUAUGCAUUAAACUUAACGGGAAUCUUUUACUGUCAAGUUACACCAAAUUGUAGACCAGAGGGGUUGUUGAAUUUAUCUUGCUUAGUGCAAAAUGAUGAGAAAUUGGGAAAGGAUGCUGGUAACGAUAAACAGAACUCUAGUGAGAAUGUAAAACCACCCAUGUUUCAAAAUGGAGUCCUUAGAACGAACUGCAUUGAUUGUCUAGAUCGAACAAAUGUUGCGCAGUAUGCCCAUGGAUUGAUGGCUCUUGGACGCCAGCUCCAUGCUAUGAGCUUCAUAGAAUCCCAUACUAUUGAUCAAAAUAGUCCUUUGGUCGAUGAAUUAAUGACAGUUUAUGAAGAAAUGGGUGACACACUUGCUCUACAGUAUGGUGGGUCUGCAGCACACAACAAGAUAUUUUGCCAAAUGAGAGGUCAAUGGAAAGCAGCAAUUCAGUCCCAGGAGUUCUUUAGAACUUUGCAACGUUACUAUAGGAACGCGUACUUGGAUGCAGAGAAGCAAAGUGCCAUUAAUUUGUUCUUGGGUCACUUUCAGCCACAACAAGGUAAACCAGCACUCUGGGAAUUGGAUUCAGACCAGCACUAUACCGUUGGAAGUCAUGGUCUUAAUUCCGACGAGUAUGCAAAGCCAUCUUUCAAAAGAUCACUCUCUGAUGGCAACAUUCUUUACGGAACUAACGCUCCUGUGGCUGCUUCAAAUGUUGGACACCUUGAGCCUUUGUCUGAAAAUUUAGGAGCUACUCGAGGUCUUUCAGACUCCUCUUCGGAGAUGCCAACUUCAGAAAUUUCUUAUUCUAGUCUUACUCCCAGAAUGUCUUGCAAGCAGCUUUUUGGAGAUAUGGAGAUGGACCAUUUUUCCGAAGGUAAUCGCAUAUGUUUUGAUGAAAAUGGAGAUGAAUGUAACUGCACCAAUUUCGAUAUGGACUGGCUUUCAUCUUCAGGAAAUUCAUGUGACGAUGAUACAUGUGACAGGUCAACAACAGGUCCAUUCUCUGAAAACAUCGGUGUGGAACUAAAAACCGAAAUUGCAACAUCUUCAAGUGAGUCUGGUUCAAGCAUAAAGGGAGGGUAUCGAACCACAUCCGAACUCACUUUUGAUGAUAUCCCGGCCGAAUUCACCGAGAUCUUUGUGAACUGGGUAACUCACGGAGAUAUGCUUAUUCCGAUAAUGAUCACUUCGAGGUAGUUAAAAAAUUCAUUUCAAAAGACGACCCGAACCCAUCCAAAGGAUGUGAGUUCAAUUUCAAGAUAGUAAAAAAUGAUGAAUUUGGCUGACAAAGAAGGGUUAUGGAAAGUGGUACAUAAUAGCUAAUUCAAUGCUGUGAAUAUUUUCAUAAGUAGAUAUAUCUAUGUUAGAGGUAGCAUAUCUUUUCUACAUUGAGAAAUAGAUAUAAAAUUAAGUAGCUAAAUUAUAGUUUUAGGCCAUAUUUUAUACUCAACUUAGAAUUUAAUUUUUUAAUUUGAUAUGAUUUAGUCA